AUGAAGUUGUUAAAAUUCCGGCUACAAAAAGAUUUCUUAUCUUGUGAUUUCAAGGAUUUUAAUUUUUUUUUAUUUUUCAGGGAUAUGCCUAGUAUAGAACCAGAAGAUAAUCUUGUAACCACAUCUGGGGAGGCAUCAAUUAAUCACGAAACUCCAGAUAUGGAAGUUUCACCAAAUUUUAAAUCAGACUAUUCUACUGAUGAUAAAGAAUAUGAAGAAAGAUUAUGUAAGUUAUAUCCAUAUGCAGAUAGUCCAUUAGAUUCAAUACCUACAAAAUGGAAUUUUAAUGAUAAAAGUAAUAAUUUACAAUUAUCCAUUGAUGGAUUGAAAGUUGCAUAUAAAGGACCUGGUAGAAAUCAUCGUGAUGCUGCUUCAAUACGAGCCAACAAACCAAUAAAAUUUAAAUGUAUUAUGUUUUAUUUUGAAGUUCAUAUCAUUGAUAAGGGAAAAGAUGGAUAUAUGGGAGUAGGUGUAUGUCAUAAAGGUGUCGAUUUAAAUCGACUUCCUGGUUGGGAUGCUAAUUCUUUUGGUUAUCACGGUGAUGAUGGUAAUUUUUUUGCAUCCUCUGGUAACGGCAAUCCAUACGGGCCAACUUUUACUACUGGUGAUGUUAUUGGGUGUGGUGUUGAUUUUGCAAGAAAGCAUUUAUUUUAUACAAAAAAUGGUGAAUUUUUAGGUUUUGCUACAGAUAAACUUAACAUUUCAAAAGAUCUUUAUCCAGUUAUUGGUCUUCAAACGCAAGGAGAAACAAUAGAUACAAAUUUUGGACAAAAACCAUUUCGAUUUGAUUUUGAAGCACAUUUAGAAAGAAUACGAAAAUCUGUUAUACAUAGUUUUAAUACAAUAACAGUUCAUAGUGAUGCACAUAUUUGGUUAGAUAAUAUGGUUGCUUCUUAUCUUGAUCAUAAUAAAUUUGAAGAAACAUUACCACUAUUUAUUUGUAAUAAUGGGGGUGAUUAUGAGUUGGAUGUUGAAGAUAUUCAAUUAAGAAAAUGGAUUGGACAACUUGUUAGUCAAAAUAAAACAUUAGAAGCCGUUUUUCGACUUAAUCAAUUUUAUCCUGAUAUAUUAAAAUAUAAUAAGGAAUUUGAAUUACUUAUAAAAAUUCAAUUAUUUGUUGAUUUUACAAAAGAACUUAGAAGUAGACAAAAUAGUUUAUUAAAUGAAGCUAGAAAAGAUUAUAAUCGUUUUGAAAGGAAUCAUGAAAAAUUAUAUGCAGUUUUUAGUAAAGAUAGUAAAAUUCAUAAUCAUAUUAAAAAAAAAUUUGAAAAGGAUCCAUUAAAACGAAUUGAUUUUCUUAAUAAUUCAGAGACAUUUAAAGCAAUUUCAUCAUCUUCCACAAAUGGUGGUUCACUACAGCAUUCAAAUGGAUCUUCAUUUACGACAAAUGGUAAUGGAAUUUUAAAUGGUAACAGGCAACAAUGUCCUUCAACAUCCAAUGGUUCUUUCACGACAAAUCAUACAAAUCUUUCAAAUGGUGCUACAUUAUCAUCUGACGUUUUAGAUAUUUAUACUGAACCAUCACGUGCUUUAUUUACUCUGUCACAACAACAAUCAACAAGUGGUACCUCAAAUUUUAGAGUUCCAUGCAAUCAUACAAAUACUUCAAAUUCUGUAUCCUCAAAAGAUGGUAUUGAAAAGGUAAGAGAACCUUCAAAUAAAGAUUAUCCAGAAAAAGGAAAUAAUAGUACACUUGAAAAAAAUGAGACAAAAUUAAAUAAUAUUAAUCUCGAUGGAGCAUUAAAUGUUAGACAAUCAAUAUAUACUUUAGCAAUUGCUCAAUCACAUGUAGAGGAAAGUGAAAGUGAUUCAGAGAUUUCUGAAGUUAAAGAAAAAAAAGAAAGGAAAAAUGAACCAAAUUGGAUACAUGUGAAGGAAGAUAUUCCACGUGGUAAAACUUCACUUGCUAAUUAUGUUAAAAUAUGUAAUGAACAAUUAAGUUAUUUUGAUAAGUUUAAUCCACCUGUUCCUGGAGGAAGUACUUUAUAUAACCCAUCAACUAGUAUUCAUUCUCCUUUAUGUCCUUCUUUUCAAGGAAAUGAUAAUAAGGUUGGUAUUGAUGAAAAAAGAAAAGAAAUCCUUCUUAAUUCAUUUCCUGGUCCCUCUAGUCAAAAAGUAGGUAAUAAUGACAAAGAUUCAAUGGAAAUUGAUUUCUGUUGGAAUAAUAGUAGUAUUAGUAAUGGUAAAAAUAAUAAAGAUACAAAUACAUCAUUUAAAAAUUAUCGAAAACCAGCCGAUUGUUGUGAAAAAGAAUAUGAAUAUUGGCAAGUGUAUGAUAAAGUAUUAAAACUUGGACGUGAACUUCAUUCAUUAGCUUCAAAGAUACAAAAUAUUUCACCAGAAUUAUAUGAAAGAAUGGAUGAGGCAUUUGCACUAACAAUAGCAUCUGAUGAAGAAUAUGAAAAUUGUUCUAGAUUUAAUACACCCAAGGAUAAUGAUUUUUUAGAACAUUGUGUAUCAGUAGCAAUUAUGGAAUAUCAUGGUAAAAGAGAUUGUCAAUUAAUACAAAGAUAUUUUAAUUUAACAAAAACAGUUGCUACACAAUGUUUAACAAGAAAAAUUGCUUCACCAUACAUAGUCAAUCCAUUUUCGGCACUCUUUGGUAGUAGGGAAGAAUUUUUAAAAAAAAAAUAUUCUGACAUUUUUAGAUUAGUUGAAAAUAAUGAUACGGAUUCAAAUAGUUCACAUUCAAUAUCAAAAGAAGAAUUUUCUGAUGGUUCAUGUACUGAUAAUGAUUAUCAACAAAAUUUGUAA